AUGUCCUGGGAUGAUCUGGAUGACAAACACUCCCAAUCUCUCUCCUCAUCAGUUGGUAGUAGGCAUCCAUGUUCUGACUCUGCAGAAAACCAAGAGGAAGUGAAACACCAUCGCCUCUCUGCAGAUCAGGUCUGUAAAGACAAGGGUUUGCCUGAAGGAUCCCUGGCAACAUUUUCAGAGCUUGAAGAUCCAAAGCUCAUGAUGAUCAGUCUCAUGGACUAUGAGUCUGUCAUGAAAGACUGCCUGCAAAUUUGUCUCACUGCUCCAAACCUAACAGCUUAUGCUUGUGCCAAGCACCACCCAUCAAUUUUCAAUUUACCAUCAUCAGCUUUCCAGAAUACAGAACUUUCCAACAAGAUCAGUGUCUUCAUCAAGGAGAAUUUGACAAUGCAGCAGAGCAUCAUGAAGCAAAAGAUCUCUAAUAGCAUUACAAACAAAGCAAAUAUCUCAGUUCUUGCAAGGUCACUGAUGGACCUGGGUCCCGAAAUCACCAAAGUGCAUUGGGCAAGGUUCACUUUUCUGUGCUCCUGCUUCAUCAACUUUCAAACAGUCAUUGAAGAAUCCAAGGCAGUGAGGGAAGCUGUAGGUGAUGAGGGCAUGAAUGAUGAAGAACAACUGGACACUGAGCACACCUGGAACAUGACCAACUUCUGGAAAUAUGUCGACUGUCUUGUGCAAGAGAUCAUAAAGGAAGCUUGUAAUGAAGGUACACCAGCAGAAUGUCAAAGAUUCGUAAACACAUUUGCACCUUUUUCCCCCCAAUCCUGUCACUUGCAACUCAAAUGUCCCAACAGGUUUUAUCACAAUGCUUUGAAGUUGGAUCUGCUGCAGUUCCCUGCUGAGGAUGACAAUCUCACCCCUCCAUUUGAAUGUGUCACAAUCAAAUGGCACAAGGUUCUCCAGGGCACCAUGGCAUGGGCUUAG